GUGGGCGGAGCCUGGGCCGGGCGCGCGAGCCGCGUGACACACUGCAACGACCGCCCGCGCGCGCUGCCCGCCGCCGCCGCCGUCAGAGCCCCCCCGAGCUCACGUCAGACUUUUCACAGCGUAGUAGCACGCGCUGGCUUGCAGUGUGUGUAGUGACUCCGCGAGGUGUGCUUUGACGAGGAUUUUUUUUUCCUCUCUUCUUCUUCAUCCGUCCAGGUUUGCAGUGGUGUGCCGUGCUGUUGUGUAUAUUUGCUUUCUUGUCAGCCGCCACUGUUGAGAAACUACGUCGUCCGAGCUACAAGUCGACACCACUACUACUACACACUGUUAUUAUGAGUAGUCAUCUGAUGAAAAAUAUCGUUAUGAGCUCGCAGCUGUUGUAAACUCUUCCCUCCUUCCAAAGAACCAACUUUUGUCCGUCUACCUCCACGACUCAAGCCUUCGUCAGUAUUUGAAAAGUCGACAAAGAAGAAGUCUACGUUGGGAGUAUUAUAACUUUUUGUUGUCGCCUGCUGUUGGACAUUGACUUGCAACACUUCGUCCCCCUUCCUCACAUCCUAACCCCCCUUCAACGUGUAUCUACUUCUUCACUUCUGUCUUCUCUCCCCUCACGCGUGAUUCGGCACCCUGACUUGGAUUUCUUGACCUAGGGUAGCCAACGUUAUCUUUGUGUCUGUGAUACGCAGCAGACACCCACCCAGCUACCUACCUACCCAACCUACCUACCCCCAGCCACCCAGUGUCGUGCUAAUGGAUUGUCUUUUCGUCCAUUCUCCUGUCUGCUGAAGUCAGGAGUGAAGAAAAGGUUUGUGUUGCGAGAGGAGAACCGAGGGCGCACACCGCACGAGCUACAACAUCCAUCUACGCAGCUUCUCACACAGGUGACGUAGCCACACACCGCGCUGACACUUCGUUCUUCGAGCGGAACUUUCUCCGAGUUUGUCUGUUCCCUCCAUGCGAGAGGUUUCGUCAGGAAUCGACGACUCAGCCUGCUUCCCUCCCACCGCGUGAAGCUACACGAGCACGUUCAUCGUCGUCCUCGCCACGCGCUACCUUGUUGACCGCUGAAUGUUAUCAGCAGGAGCUUGGUGAGAUACCGAUCGUCGCAUCUUGUUCUGAGCCUUGAGACUGACGAUUACCUUUCUGUACCUACACUCAUUUUAGUUUUGCUUCGUCUUUCACCUGCGUGGCUCACGCUCAGGUGAGACAACAGGAGUCUCUGACGCAGGAAUAGCCGUCACGGUCCAUUGAACGAUCACUUACCUUUUGUCUUUCCUCGCGCGCGCGUGUGUGUUUGUGUGUGAGUGUGUUGUCUCCUGUGGGGCGUCGCUGACAGGACCGACCCAGAUCGCACGCACCUGACCAGGUGUACAGAACAGCAACGACAAGUCAGCCAGACUCGAGACGGUAACUGCUGUAGUGAUAUCGGUUGUUAUUUUAUUUUGUUUGUGAGUUUGUUUCUCGCCAAACCGCCACCAUUUCGGUCUUAUACGCUUCGCCUGCUUCGGCAGUCAUGGCCAGUACACCCUCCACCCCGGCGCUGGGCAUCACCCAGAAGGAUACCACGUUCACCAAAAUCUUCGUUGGGGGACUGCCCUACCACACCACCGACCAGAGUCUGAGAGAAUACUUCGACAAGUUCGGGGACAUCGAUGAGGCGGUGGUGAUCACAGACAGGCAGACUGGAAAGAGCCGGGGAUAUGGAUUUGUUACGAUGGCAGACAGGACAGGGGCCGAGAGGGCAUGUAAGGAUCCGAACCCUAUCAUCGACGGGAGAAAGGCUAAUGUAAACUUGGCCUACCUCGGCGCCAAGCCUCGCAUCAACGGUCUCCAAAGCUCUCAAUUACCGUUCACCAUCAAGACAGGAAUACCAACUGUGGUACCCAGCCAGUACGGAUAUCCCCAGUAUAUCUACCCGUCCGCUACCUGGCCACCCCAGGGAUGCUGGCUGCCUCCCCACUCGCCGCUGUCUCCGUCUGCUGCCAGCACCACUGCGCAGUACAUCGACUACUCGUCCGCCUACGCCACCAGCCAGUUCGCCACCAGCGGCUUUGACGCCUUCUCGCCCUACACGACGACAGCGGCGGCCACCGGGUACGGGGUACCCGCCGCCUACACCUACGCCAUGCCCCAGCAACUGGCGGCCACGGGGGCCAGCCACUUCACCCACUACCAACCGCAGCAGAUCCAGGAGCGCAUGCAGUGAGGAUGCUCCGAGCGAGGAAUGCGUCUCGGAAAAAGAUCGGAAGUUGGGAUGGAGGGGUCUUGAUGA